AUGGCGAGUAUCGGCAUGAUGGACGCCGCUUUCUUUGUGGGAAAGAACGAGCUCUUGAACUGGUUGAACGAGCUCCUUGGCUUGAACUACUCCAAGGUCGAGCAGUGCGCCAAUGGUGCAGCUUACUGCCAGAUCAUGGAUGCGAUCUACCCUGGUGAGGUCCCACUGAAGAAGGUGAUCUUCGACGCGAAGCUCGAGCACGACUUUGUGAAGAACUACAAAGUCCUCCAGACUGUCUUCGACAAGAAGAACAUCGCCAAGCAUAUCGAGGUCAACAAGCUCAUCAAGGCAAAGCCCCUGGACAACUUGGAGUUCCUGCAGUGGAUCAAGCGAUACUUCGACAUGCACUACGGCGGACAAGAGUACAACCCCGUCGAGAGACGAGGAGGCCUCACGAUGAAGGAGAACACUGGCGCUAACCCCCUCGCCUCCAAGCCCGCGACCAAGACGGUCAAGAGUGCUCCCAUGAGAGUCGUUCGCGAUGCUCCCAGCUCGAGCCGGCCCACGUCAGCCAACCCCGCUUCCGCUGCUCCCAAGAAGACGGCCGACGGGGAGCAGGUCCAGCAGCUGAACGAGGAGCUGACGUCGCUGAAGCUCACAGUGGCGGAGCUUGAGAAGGAGAGAGACUUCUACUUCGGCAAGCUGCGUGACAUCGAGAUCACCUGCCAGACGAACGAGAAGGGCGAAGUGAAGGAACUGGUGGACGACAUUCAGAAGAUUCUCUACUCGACCUCUGAAGAAGAAGUUCAACCCGCAGCUUGAUUUGCGCUUGCUUUAUU